ACUUGGAGCUGUCCAAGGUAUUAGGCUUCUGAAAAGUUAAUCAUUAUAGAAAUGCAUUUCUCUGAAUCCAUGUAAUUGGUUUGUUCCCAUUUCUGAAAGUUAAAAUUAUAUUGCUACUAGAGAAACCAACCUAGUGGAUAUAGCAUUUCUUUUCAGAUAAUGUAGCAAUCUCAUGUAUAACUAAAUUUAAAACUCAGAAACAGCUUAAACUUUCAUGCAGUCAACUAGUGCUCUUGUUUGCAUCUUUAAACUACUUAAGUGGAAAUAAGUAAAAUUCACAACUACCACAUAUAGAAUUCUAUGCCAUCAUCAUGUAAGCCUAAUGAGAACAGUCUCUGUGGCAUAUAGCAGUGUGGACAAACAUAUCAAAAAAUGCAACUCACAGGAAUUUAUUGCUGUUAAAAUUAUUUCUUAUCCUUAUGUGACCUUCCAUGUCUGCUAUUGAAAUCCAAAAGAUCAUAAUUGUUUGAUAUGAAAUGCAAAAGAAUAGUUAAGUUGAAAGUUUAACAUCAUGAAAUUCAAAAUCCCAAGUGGUAUAUAAACAUUAAAAGAAACUUUGGACUGCUAAUCCUAGGAAAUGAGUUUUAUGGAUUGAAUUCAACAAGGCUUCAGAAAUGGUUCCAUCUGCUGCCUAGCAGCUGGUGAAAGGAUAAAUUUAAUUCAUUAAUUCAUUUGGAAAAAAGGAUCCAAGUAGUAAAGACUUCAUUGCUCAUAAUGCAUAUAGGUGGGGACACUGGAAUGGGGUUCUGUUGCCAUUGUAGAUAAUGAGCUACCAAGUCUUUGCUUUUUGGUAAAGGUCUUCAUGAUUGAGUCAAUACGAUGUUGAUUUUUAUGACAAUAGCUAAUCAUUUUGAAUUAGUUCAAUGCUAUAAAACACUCAGGGAAGUUAAAAGUCUCAGUUUUCAAUCUAGGGAAAUAUGGGCAAUCGAAAAGAGAAGCUUUCUCAUAUUGCAUAUGUGUCUAUGGGAGACAGUAUGUGUGUCUCUACCUACCAUAUGUACACAAGUAUUUAGGUUUAAACAUAAAUGUGUCACUGAGUAACUCCCUCCAAUCACAUUUAUAUUAGGUAGACAUCCUAUCCUAUUUGCAGAAAUGUCCAAAAAUAUUUAGUAUUUAACAUAAAUAGAUUUUAUCUUAGAUCAAAAUUUGUUUCUACUCAAAUGCUGGAAGGUCAAAUGACACACCUUUUUUCACCCACUUUCUCCUUGUAACAUAACUUGUCCAGACAUAUUUAGCAGCUUGAUUCAAAAGCUUACAAAGUUGUACCUGAAGUGCUUUCAUGUCUCCUCUGUGACAUUAAUAAUUUUGGCAUAAGUGUUAAAAUCUGUAAGACAUGGGUAUACAAUUUAAUUGAAUGUUCUAUACAGGAUACAGUGCUGUCAUUCUAUAAAAGUGUACUGGAGUUUUGAUGUCAGGUUUCUCAAAUCGUAUUCAAUCAGCAUGAUCAAGUAUUGGAAAGUUUGCGUGGUUUAUGCUUAAACUGCAAUCACUUGAACAGAUUUUCUUAACUGCUAACAUUUUAAUAACAGCCAGGUUUCCCUUAGAUACAACUCACCUUUUCUGGGAAGGUAAAUACUUCCUGGUUGUCAGUUAAUUGAUUGGUGAUAGAGAUAAGAGUGUCUCCACAACCAAGGCUGUUUCAAUAACCAGUGUACAUUUUUGCUAUUUUUUUCCUGGUGGAUGACUUCGGGAAUGGUGCUUAGCCUUCUAACGAGCUCACUGUGGUGUGUAUGCUGGGUUUCCUAUACAGGUCCUGUGUGUACCCUGUGGGCUGGGUUAAGAAUCAGGGUUUAUGCAUUUACUUGUACUGUUGCAUUGUUUAGACAGCUUUGGUUUAGUUUUGAUCUUUUUUUUUCUUUUUGCCUUUGAGGCUCUUCCACAGUGUCAGCUGCUGACUGAUAGUAGGAAAACUGCCUCAUGGUGUGAAUGAAAGGGACCUAGCGGUUGGUAAACAGAGAUAAGGAAUAAAUAGAGCACAGGCAAAAGGAGAUAGUUCUGUGGGGGCCCAGAUUGCUGCCAGUCUGUUCAGGGGAGAUGCGGAGCCUGUCCUUUUCCCAGAUUAAAUUAGUGUGCGAAAUCUCCAGUGACCUCCUCCCCUUCUCCCCACACUCUUCAGCCAAGCUGAACAGCCUCUGCUGUAAAGUAUUCAUUUUACCCAGGGACACAUGGACAAUAGAGCUUUCCCUGAUACUUAUGGACAGCUGUCGUCAUUCAGAGAGCUCUCAGCAUUUCAUUUUUCAUAGGAGUUAAAAGGGUUUUUACCUUGGAAGCGAAAGGGCAGGAUCACAACUUUGCCAGUUCUGGGGCUGUUUGGGCAAGGAGUCUGACUGAGGCAGGAGUGAGCUGUGAGCAAGAAGAAUCUGCACAGGGAACUGAUUUGUUGUUGUUGUUGUUGUUGUUGUUGUUGUUGUGCUUAAUAUGGUUAAGCUAAGACAGAAAUUAAAUUUCAACUCUAGGUUCCCUAUUAGGAGAAAAUACCUUUGAUUCUGAAAGUUUCAUAAAAUUAAGGUCAUCAGUGCAAAAUAGACAAUUUGUAUCCACCUGGUCUACUUUCAUUUUGCCUAAAUAUGCAUGCAUUUUAUUACCUUUGAAUAAGCGUGGGUAAAUAUUAAGUCUGUGAGAUACCUCGGUAGUCCCAUACUUUUUAUUUUUUUAGUGAUUUACUGCAAAUAUAUUCAGCAUUUGACUGAUUAAAUAGACCUUCGGCAACCUUGAGGGUCACUGUGUAGAGUAUGUACAUAGAAAAUGCAUCAGCCCAUUGUACCCUGGCAGCUAAUGAGAUUGGUCGUUAAGUAAAUGACACAAAGCCUACAAAAAAAAAAAAAAAAAAAAAGCUUACAGCUCACUAGAGUAUCAGAGAGUGUCCCCGCACACCACACAACGACACAAACACUGGACUAACCUAGCCCACCCUGCUUUAUUCUACAUCACUGCUUCCCUGAUGUCAGCGUGAGAAGCAGAACAAAGGCUAGGAGGCAGCGAGACCCCAGUCCUGUGAGAUUCUUUGAAGGACUGUGUGAAUUCCAUUUUAUGUGGCUGGGUGCUCAUACCAAUUUAAGCAAUGACAUUUCUUCUGUUCAAGUUCAGUAGCUGCUAGAGAAGAUGGAUGCCGAGGUUGAAGAUAAAACGUUGCAUACUCUUUCAAAAGGAACUGAAGUUCCAAUGGAUUCUCUGAUCCCAGAGCUCAGAGCUCUGCAGAUGGGAAAACACAGCCCAGUGGAAAUGAUUUCUGGCAACCUUGAGAAGAUAUGUUAGCAUUCUGUGGCAUUUCUCUCCAUGACAUGUAAAGCAUGGCUUUCCCUCAUUGCAGUGUCACAGUGAAGUGUCACAAUAAAGCCAAAAUAGUGUGCCCUCAGGGAAAACUAGAAAGGGACCAUUUUCCAUGCACACACAAAGGGGUUCCAUAUGAUUGCUCUAUGGCGAAGAAGAGGAGAGCUGAAGAGCAGGCAUCGGGAGUUCCAAUUAACAAGAGGAAAUCUCUGCUAAUGAAACCCCGGCACUACAGCCCAGACAUGGGCUGCAAGGAAAGCCCAGACAACAGGAACGAGGAUGAUGGCCUCCUAGAAACAAACGACCAUGCCACUGCAGAUGAAAUCAUGGUAAAAUCCAUGGAUGAAACUCUUCAUUUACCUGCACAAGACAGCUCACUCCAGAAGAAAGACCAAUACACAUGUUAUCCAGAGCUCAUGGUCAAAUCUCUGGUGCACUUAGGCAAAUUUGAGGAAAGUGAGUCUGUGCAGACCACAUGUGAGAACUUAAAUGGCAGCAGUAUCCAGUCUUUAAAAGCAGAGAGUGAUGAAGCACAUGAAGGUUCUAUGGUUCAUUCCGACAAUGGAAGAGACAAAGUCCACCAUUCCCAGCCACCUUUCUGCUCUUCUGGUGACAGCGAAAGUGACUCUGACAGUGCAGAGAAUGGGUGGGGCAAUGGCUCCAACUCAUCAGAAGACACUGACACUCACAAAGGCCCCAAACACAAGCUGACAUACAAUAGAAAGGACCUGUUGGAAGUUCCUGAGAUAAAAGCUGAAGAUGACAAGUUUAUCCCUUGUGAGAACAGGUGUGAUUCUGACACAGAUGGGAGAGACCCACAGAACUCUCAUAUGGAACCCUUGGUUGUGAAAGCCCAGCCUUCCUUCCCAGAGGUUGAAGAGGGUGAGAGCCUGGCCACAGUAACAGAAGAGCCUGCUGAGGUGGAGAAAGCAAAGGGGAACCUGAGUUUGCUGGAACAGGCUAUUGCUCUACAGGCUGAACGAGGUUCUGUCUUCCAUCACACUUAUAAGGAGCUGGACCGAUUUUUCCUGGACCACCUGGCAAGGGAACGGAGGCAACCUAGAGUUACUGAUGCCAAUGGAAGACAAAUCUUUACUAAUAAACAUUCACCAAGACCUGAAAGGAGGGAGGCCAAGUGCCCCAUUCCUGGCUGUGAUGGCACGGGGCACGUAACAGGGCUCUACCCUCACCACCGCAGCCUUUCUGGGUGCCCCCACAAAGUGCGAGUUCCUCUGGAAAUUCUCGCCAUGCAUGAGAACGUGCUCAAGUGUCCCACGCCAGGAUGCACAGGAAGGGGACAUGUGAACAGCAAUCGCAACACUCACAGAAGUCUUUCUGGUUGUCCGAUUGCUGCAGCUGAAAAGCUGGCAAUGACCCAGGACAAAAGUCAACUUGAUUCUUCUCAGACGGGGCAGUGUCCUGAGCAGGCACACAGGGUGAAUUUGGUGAAGCAAAUUGAAUUUAAUUUCCGCUCACAUGCCAUCACUUCUCCAAGAGCCUCUGCAUCAAAAGAACAAGAGAAGUUUGGGAAAGUACCGUUUGAUUAUGCCAGUUUUGAUGCACAAGUAUUUGGGAAACGUCCUCUCCUACAAACAGGGCAAGGACAAAAAGCACCACCAUUUCCUGAAUCAAAGCAUUUUUCAAAUCCAGUGAAAUUUCCUAAUGGACUGCCUAGUGCUGGCGCCCACACACAGAGCACAGUCCGUGCCAGCUCUUAUGGCCAUGGUCAGUACAGUGAAGACACCCACAUAGCAGCAGCUGCUGCCAUCCUGAACCUUUCCACCCGCUGCAGGGAAGCCACAGACAUCCUCUCCAACAAACCACAAAGCCUGCGUGCCAAGGGAGCUGAGAUAGAAGUAGAUGAAAACGGCACAUUGGACUUAAGCAUGAAAAAAAAUCGAAUCCACGACAAGUCUAUACCCCCAACUUCCUCACCUACUACAAUUACAACCCCAUCCUCAUCCCCAUUCAACGCAAGCAGCCUUCUGGUCAAUGCUGCCUUCUAUCAGGCCCUCUCUGAUCAAGAAGGCUGGAAUGUGCCCAUCAACUAUAGCAAAUCCCAUGGGAAGACAGAGGAGGAGAAAGAGAAAGAUCCUGUGAACUUCCUAGAAAAUUUAGAGGAAAAAAAGUUUGCUGGAGAGGCCUCUAUCCCAAGCCCAAAGCCCAAGCUGCAUACAAGAGAUCUCAAGAAAGAAUUAAUCACCUGUCCAACACCAGGAUGUGAUGGAAGCGGCCAUGUCACAGGCAACUAUGCAUCUCACCGCAGUGUCUCUGGAUGUCCUCUAGCAGAUAAGACUCUGAAGUCUCUCAUGGCUGCCAACUCUCAAGAGCUUAAGUGUCCAACCCCAGGUUGUGAUGGUUCUGGUCAUGUGACUGGAAACUAUGCCUCCCACCGAAGCUUGUCUGGUUGCCCUCGUGCAAGGAAAGGUGGCAUCAAAAUGACCCCAACAAAAGAAGAAAAAGAAGACUCUGAACUUAGAUGCCCUGUAAUAGGGUGUGACGGCCAAGGCCACAUAUCAGGUAAAUACACAUCACACCGCACAGCUUCUGGCUGUCCUCUGGCUGCCAAAAGACAGAAAGAGAAUCCCCUCAAUGGGGCACCUCUCUCCUGGAAACUGAACAAGCAAGAGCUUCCUCACUGUCCUCUGCCAGGAUGCAAUGGUCUGGGUCAUGUAAACAACGUUUUUGUCACCCACAGAAGCUUAUCUGGAUGCCCUCUUAAUGCACAAGCUAUCAAAAAAGUCAAGGUCUCUGAGGAACUAAUGACUAUCAAGCUCAAAGCAACUGGGGGUAUUGAUGGUGAUGAAGAAAUUAGGCAUCUGGAUGAAGAAAUCAAGGAACUGAAUGAAUCCAACCUUAAAAUUGAAGCAGAUAUGAUGAAACUUCAGACCCAGAUAACAUCUAUGGAGAGCAACUUGAAGACCAUAGAGGAGGAGAACAAGCUUAUAGAACAGAGCAAUGAGAGUCUGCUGAAGGAGCUGGCAGGGCUUAGCCAGGCUCUCAUCUCCAGCCUUGCUGACAUCCAACUUCCACAGAUGGGGCCUAUCAAUGAGCAGAAUUUUGAAGCAUAUGUAAAUACUCUCACAGACAUGUACAGCAAUCUGGAACAGGACUAUUCCCCAGAAUGCAAAGCUCUACUGGAAAGCAUCAAGCAGGCGGUGAAGGGCAUCCAUGUGUAGAACGACAGUAUGCAGGAAACAGAGGUCACUACGGCCAUGAACUCCCACAAAUCUGCAGGGGCCUAAUACCCCUGGAGCCCAGAGGCUGUCCCUGUGUUUAUAAUUGCAACAUUGCACUAAUUUUUCCCCAGCUGACAUAAAAAGGAAAGAAAAACUAUGAUAAACUCUUUGGAUUAAAAGCAAUGCAGUCAAUUAUUAAACUCGUUUAUUUUCAUAUCUUUUUCUUUUCUUUCUUCAUUGCACUCUUUAUUUUGUAAAGUAUAUGUAAAAAUAAAUGUGACAUUUUAUAUUUUAUUUAUUACUAAUCAAAGAGUUUUUUAUCUUUUAACUGCAUUUUGAAGUCUACUAUAUUUUUACAGGUGUGUUUAUUAAUUUAUCUUCUAAUAGGAUUUAAAUAGAAAUGCUGUUCUCAAAUCACAUAUCUUUCUGGAUUUAAAUGAGAAAAACAAAACAAAAGAAAUGUAUGAAGGAAAUCCUGAUGUCAGGACUACACUGUGGUCAAGCUUGGUUUCUACUGUGCACUUCCAUUUCUCCUUUACUGGUUUUGUUUUUAUAAAUGGCUUUUGGUAAUGUGAGCUGUGAAGGAUUAUGAAGAUAAAUGGCGCCCACUAGUGGGAAAUCCACACUCACAAAAGCACAGGAUGUUAGCAAACAGCGCACUCAGAACUUGAUAGCAAUAAUUAAAUAAAAUAGUCAGCAUAGUAUUCCACAUGGCUGCAGAGAUUUAAUUAAUAUGAAUUAUUUAUUUAGACUGCUUAAAGCAUACAUUUUAAGUGAAUCAGAUUUGUCUUCUUGUUUUUCAAGUCAUAUUGGCUAGUUGGCAACCCUUUCCCAAAAUGAGAAAUAAGCUUUGAUGGGACCAGCUUGGCUUUUCCUGCUACACGUUAGUACAAUAUACAAGUGACAAUGUUGGUGUAGAUUUGUACUUACAACUACAGACACAUCCAAAUGGAAAUUGUGUAGAUACCGUAUCCCCUGAAAUAGCAUUUAUCUUACUGGGUUGACUGGAAUAGAAUGCAAAACAGAAGGCCUGAAAAAAAAAAUGCUAUUCCAAGCUAAGUGGUUACCUUGAAUAUUGGCAGCAUUGGUCUUUGCUUCCCUAAUAAAUAAGGCAGUUUCAAUUUGAUAAAACUCUUGAACUUCAAGUGACACAAAGGAUGUUACACACACACACAUACAUGUACACACAUGCACAUACACACACAUACAGACACAUGCACACACACACACACACACACAACAGCACAGUCUACACACAUAUAUGCACUCACACUCAUCCACACGUGAAAUUCAACCUGCAAUCUCAACUGGAUCAGAGUUUAGAAGUUGCUGUAGUAAAGGCAAUGUCUAUUUCAGGGACUGUAAAGUAGUUAAGCAUUGUUUCAAAAGUUUUUUUAUAUUUAUUUUUUUUAAGGAAAAGGUAUAGACAACCAGCUAAACUGCCUUUUUGGUGUGCACACACAUUUCAUGUGCAGAUGUGCCUCUAUGUAAAAGUACACAUGAACUUUAGUGUGGGCUUAAUUUUCUGUGCUAUAAUAAAAGUGUUUAUUUUUUAUUAGCCUCAUGAAUAUUUAGAUUUAGUGUGAUGGCAUUCACAGGCUUGAAUUCACUGUUACUACUGUUACAUGCUCUGAUACAUGAGAAGUGGUAUAGUCACUCCACUCUCGUGGAACCGUGGAUAUUGUUAUGCAUCACGUGGCGCUUAUCUUUGGCUUGGGGUUCAUUUGAACUCUUGAAUCUUAGUUUAGUGAAAAUGAGAUGUCUGUUCUUAGGUAGGAAAGGUGUUUAUUUAAAGCUCAAUUUUAAAAUAAGCAGCUACUGCGAGUAGUGUCUACUAUAAAUGGGACACAAAGUUUCCUAUUAAAGUAUGUCUUUGAACAUUUUGCUACACAAUACUUCAAAGAAGCACACAAAUGGGCUCACUUAUUACAAAGACAGAAGUUUACUUUGCUAAAUAUUUUAACAAGUUUGUUAUAUAUUUUAUUUAAAGAGAUCUCCUGCAAUCCUAUGUAUUUAUUACUAUAAUUUACAUGGCUUCAGUUAAUUUAUUUGUGUUCAUAUAGUUUUAUGAAGUGUAUCUGUAUUUAUUUGCCUCCUCGUACUUGUGUUUUAUAACAUGCACUGAAUUAUUUUCUUUUCAACUAUGUUAAUGAUUGAUACUGUAAAUUGGGUAUUUUGUAAACAAAAACAAAGGCAGUGAUGUAUGCGUUUUUAUUUGAAGUAGUUUGUUUGUAUACUGUUUCUCCAAAUGAUUAAUAUUUCUUACAUCAUUGCAACAAAAUUGUGUUCAGUGCUGUGCAUUUGGUGUAUGGUAGGAAAUAAAAAUUGAUAAUGAAUUUG